UCGCCUGGAAGGUCACCUCUCCAGUGUUUGAGUGUCUGAAGCCGUUGGCUGCUCCUGAACCGUUUGGCUCUUUCUCCACUAGCAAACAGCCCCACAAUGUACCUCAAUCGCUCUUAAAUCUAUUUUUAAACGGUUUUAUUCCGCUCCACGCCGAUGCGAACGGGACCGGACUCUUGUUUGGGAAUUUAUCUGACGAUCUGCCACCUCAAAGCAGCUUUAUAACGCUUUGUUUGAGCACUAUUUGACAAAAUAGUCGAGGAGGAGGAAAUUCCACACAAGCAGUGAAAGGCAGCCCUCGCGCUCAUCCGGGUAUUAAAACUGUAGAGAUUCCUCCGCUGCUAAGGGUUCACAUUGGAGCAAGACCUGAUCACAUGGUGCUGAGACACUUGGGUUGGAUCCUUAAAAAGCGUUUGCCUUGCGGAAAUAGAGCUGAUAGUGUGGCUAGUGUCCUGUGUGCUGACCUCAUGGUGUAAGCAGGUGUGAAGAUGAGUAUUAGCAGCGAUGAGGUCAACUUCCUGGUGUAUAGAUACCUGCAGGAGUCAGGGUUUUCCCACUCGGCCUUCACAUUCGGCAUUGAGAGCCACAUCAGUCAGUCGAACAUCAACGGCGCCCUAGUGCCCCCUGCUGCCCUGAUCUCCAUCAUCCAGAAGGGCCUGCAGUACGUGGAGGCUGAAGUCAGCAUCAAUGAGGACGGCACGCUGUUCGAUGGGCGGCCAAUUGAAUCUUUGUCAUUGAUUGACGCGGUGAUGCCCGAUGUCGUACAGACCCGGCAGCAGGCGUACCGAGACAAACUCGCCCAGCAACAGGCCGCCGCAGCGCCCUCAGCAACCAGCGCCAACAUGCAGGGUAACGCCAAAAACGGAGAAAACACCGCAAACGGAGAGGAGAACGGUGCUCACGCCUUACCUAAUAACCAUGCAGACAUGAUGGACGUAGACGUGGACGUGGAGAUCCCUCAGAAUAAAGCCAUGGUGCUGAGAGGUCACGAGUCAGAGGUCUUCAUUUGCGCCUGGAACCCCGUCAGUGACCUCCUCGCCUCCGGGUCUGGAGACUCAACGGCGCGCAUCUGGAAUCUGAGUGAGAACAGCAGUAGUAGCUCCACACAGCUCGUCCUGAGGCACUGCAUACGGGAAGGUGGCCAAGACGUGCCCAGCAACAAAGACGUCACAUCGUUAGACUGGAACAGUGAAGGUACACUAUUAGCCACAGGCUCCUAUGACGGCUUCGCAAGAAUAUGGACUAAAGAUGGUAAUCUGGCCAGUACCCUGGGUCAACAUAAAGGUCCAAUAUUCGCAUUAAAAUGGAACAAAAAAGGAAACUUUAUCCUCAGCGCUGGUGUUGAUAAGACAACAAUCAUUUGGGAUGCUCACACAGGGGAAGCCAAACAACAGUUCCCGUUUCAUUCAGCGCCCGCUCUGGACGUGGACUGGCAGAGUAACAACACGUUUGCCUCCUGUAGCACAGACAUGUGCAUCCACGUGUGCAAACUGGGCCAGGACCGACCCAUUAAGACAUUCCAAGGACACACAAAUGAAGUUAAUGCAAUCAAAUGGGAUCCGACUGGUAACCUGCUGGCGUCGUGUUCUGAUGAUAUGACUCUUAAGAUCUGGAGUAUGAAACAGGACACUUGUGUUCAUGAUUUGCAAGCUCACAGCAAAGAAAUCUACACUAUCAAAUGGAGCCCCACAGGUCCAGGAACCAACAACCCCAAUGCCAAUCUAAUGCUGGCCAGUGCUUCCUUCGACUCCACUGUUCGGCUUUGGGAUGUAGAUCGAGGCAUCUGCAUCCACACACUAACCAAACACCAGGAGCCCGUGUACAGCGUGGCCUUCAGCCCUGACGGACGCCAUCUAGCCAGCGGCUCUUUUGACAAAUGUGUCCACAUCUGGAACACGCAGACUGGUGCUUUAGUCCAUAGCUACAGGGGGACAGGGGGCAUUUUUGAAGUUUGCUGGAACGCAGCAGGAGACAAAGUAGGAGCAAGUGCGUCGGACGGCUCCGUUUGUGUAUUAGAUCUGCGGAAAUAGCGCUGCUUGCUGGAAGCCAUGGACCGACUAUGAAUGUGUACAUAGCCAAAAUGACUGUCCCUGACCCUCAAACUCCUACAGUCCCUAGUGAACCAUGGCCAGCCACUACAGACAAACAAACACGAGCACCCUGACGCCACAGGCCGAGCCGAGAGGAUGUGAUUCCAACCAGAGACAUUCAAAUGACUUUUGGAAGGUGGAAAAAACAAAAAACAAUAUAACAGAGGAAGAAGAAGAAGAAACAAGACAGGAGGACUGGUAUAUGUACCAAAUUUGGAAGAUAUUUUACUAUUUGUUCUUCGAAACCAAUCUCAUCGAAAUAAACGAACGAAAGGAUUUUAAUCUUUGUUGGUAGUUUCCGUUUCAGUGUGCAGACAUAUCGAUUUCUUUUCCUCCCCCCUCUCUUUCUUUCUUUCUUUCGCACAUUUGAUUUGACGUCACGGCUGCAUGAUUCCAGGACUCAUGUUUUCCUCCGUUCGACACAAGUACAGAUAUUUAGUCUUUUUGGUACUGGAUGUGUUGUGAUUUCAACAGUGUGGGGACAUGAGAAAUACAAAAAAAAAUAUCUAUCUUUUUCUUGUUCUUCGGUUUUAGUUUUUAUGCUAUGGUGUAACUGUAAUCUCCCUUCCCCCCUCGUCCCCUGUUUGUCCCCCAAAUGAGAGGUACAUUAACAACAACUAAACAGGCGUGUACAUCUACAGGAAAUGCAUCCGUUGCCCUUAAAAUGACAGAUUUUGUUUUAGGUUUGCAUCAGCAUUUAAUUGGAUUAUUUACUCAAAUCAUUUUCAAACACUCGAUGUUAAAACUAAAAUUUAAGCAUGUUUUUGUUGGUAAAUCCAAAACCUGAAGCAAGUCUGUUGCAUAAAAAAAGGUCAUUUUUGGGAUUCCCUGCACUACCAUGUAAUGAGAUGAUGUUCAUUUGCAGUAAUGACCUGCAUGAGGACAGUCUUUACUAAUGUGCUUUUGGUUUAGCUUUCAAUGCCUCGACCAGCGAGGGGGGGGAAAAAAAAAUCUCUGUAUCUGUAUCGUGAUAGAGGCUCUGAAUCUGUUUUUAGGACAUCACGUUGCAUUUUAAAACGAGGGUGUCAUAUUUCGAUGUUUAAAACUGAUCAACCCCCCCCAUUUGAACACUAUUUAUUACAGCCUACGACAACAGACGGGUGUUUGAGUUCGCUCUCUUUUCCCUGUACUCGUCCCAGCGUCUGCCUGCCCACAGCGACCUUCAGUUCCUCGGUGUCAUUUCUAAUCAUUAUUCUUACUGCAUCUGUGUCUCCUGGACUUUUUGUACUCUUUUAAAACUUUUGUAAUUCAUAUUUCUUUGUAGCUAUAAAAAAAGAGUAAAGAAAUAAGCAAAAAAAAAAGAAAAAAAAAAAGGAAAAAGAAAACCCCAACAAAC